AGGAAGCGUGAGCUGUACCCGCGUAAAAGCGUCCCCAGCAAUUUUUGCACAACUAUUUACUUUGUCAGUGUGAUGAGUUGUUUUGGAGACUAAGUAGUCGUCAGAUAGAUUGGCGUCACGGAAGGACGUUGACCCUUGUGAGCAUUGACGCGCCUUGAAGAUGACUAGGUUUCCAUUGUAAUUGUUCGCUUGUUGUAGAUUUGAUAAAUAUGUAUCACCAUGGCUGACGGAAAGCACAAUAAGUGGCCCGGUCGGCGUGCUGCGCGUCAGCGCAUCGAUUGGAGCGUGCAGAACGUAGACCUGGUACCGUCAGAUCUGACGAGGCGGCGCCCUGCUCUUGUUUCCGAAAUCGAAUUCUCCAUGCUCAAAUUGCACUUGAAGGACGACGGCGCUUUUGUGCUGACUCAACUCUGUGAGUGGGACCUUGUUGGGCAGGUGAUCGAAUUCUCCGACAUUGCCAAUACGUAUUACAGAGAGUAUCUGUUUCGUUCCGCGGGUAAUGAGCACCAUCACCAUCACGGAGGGCGAGGGGAGAAUAAGGCUUAUCUGCAAGAGCACCCAGCUGUGGCAAUAUGGGAAGCGAUGGUACGGAAAGGGCCCACACUGAGAUGUCCCGAUGUGCUUUUCCGUGGUCAAGGGUUGUGGUCGCUGUUGGGCUAUGCGGUUGCUUGUGGGCGUGGGCGGGUUGUGCGAACACUGCUUCGUGCGGGGGCGACGCCGUUUAUGUUUCGGGAAAGCCUUUUUCGCUUCGAAUUGUUUGAUCGCAACGAUGGAGUUGAGUCUGACGAAGAUGAUGCUGAUCAAGAGGUGAUAGAUCGUUCCAGAUCCAGACCGUGUGAGUAUUCCAGUUACGAUCGACUUGGAUGGCCUGCAGACUUGGAUGUGCGCUCGUUUCGCUCACCGCACGAUGAUUGGUGUAGGAUGGGUCCAGCGGAGCAAGGUGAUGGUCAGCUGCCUGUUGCUGAUGGCUACGGAUCCGACUUUGCCGAGCUUACAGGUCAUUUCAUGCGGGAGUACGUCCAUCCUGGUUAUGCAGCAUACAUAUUGGAACGCCUUUUCGCAAUGACAGUUCCUGCGGGAGAACACGGGACUCCACGAGAGAGUGCUGGGAAGACGAAUAAGGAAAUGUCGAGCCGUGCCAGAUUUCUUUUCCACGGACCCCGUUGUGGCUGCUUAUUUUCGGAACCCGACUUUUGGGGAAGUUUCUGUCGGUGGGAUAGCCGAAUGGCGACGCGAUUUCGCUGUCCUUCGUGUGGCUGCGAACUCGGGGAUCAUCGUAAUGAGAGUAGCACGACGAGAAAAGAAAUGGGUUUUGGGGAUGCGGACACUGACAGCACCGCGAGCACAUCUGAAAGGACGACUCUGCCUGGUAAAGAAAGGCCCGAUCUAUGUCAGCAUGAUGAGAGAAGUACAGCAGAAGACCUUUCAGAGUUUCUGCCAUCCCGCGAGCGGUUUGAGUUGCUCCCUGAAGAUCGUUGCUGUUCUGCGAAGCAAAAUGACAAUACUCGAGUUCGAAAGGCGGGACCGGGUGCGACAUCAGACGAGACGAGGUACGGUCGUGUAACUUUGACAUUGCGCGAGGCGAAAAGCUUAGAUAUUGGCUAUACUCAGCAAGAGCGCAUGAUGCGAGUGGGACGCGCAAUAGAGACUGACGACCUGACGCGGCUCUCCUGUCUCUGCGAAGCGGGAAUAGACUUGUCCCGACCUGCGAACGAGUACGGGCAGCCAGCUCUCGAAGUUGCGGCUUCGAGCGGAACAGGCUCCGCUGUCGUCAAUUUUAUUCUCAGCGGGCUAAAGACUAUGCUCCUGGGUUGUGAGAGCUCUACUAGUGGUGCUGUGGCUUGUGAGCGUGGAAGAGAGAGGUUCAUCGCACACGUUCGCUAUGCGCAGCAAUUGGCGUGGGCUCGCGGACACACAAAAACCGCUUGCCUUAUUGGAAAAGCACUAGAACUUGCGGAUUCUCAGACUGGCCAGGGCAUAGGAAUUUGUGUUAGCGCUCCUUCAACAGGAUCUCCACGUCGACUGAAUAUGGUGUGCGCGUCUGCCGCCUUUCGUAGGUGGCGUGCCGUCGCUUGUGAUGUAACUAGUCCGCGGCAACAGGUGACGCAUUUGCAACUUCCGCAAUCGCUGCUGCCUGGCGACAGAGAACGUGCGGCGCCAGCUUUUUACGUCGAUGGAGCUUUCUCAGAGCUCUUUUUAGAGGAACUUGAUCGUUGCUACUACACCAUGUACGAAAGAACGAAGAGGAAGAUCGAAAGCCAGACUGCUUUACAACUAGAUCAAGAUGAUGACGCGGUGGUAAAUGAGAAGCCUGGAGGUGGAGAGCAACAGGAACAAAAUGAAGAGACUUCUACUUUAACAUCAUGUCAACCUGAAGUAAACGCCUGUGCUAGACCUGCUCCUGAGGAACCGAAUGCUUCUACAAAGCAAGGAGAGACAAAUGGAAAAAUAAAGGGCAGGAGGAGUAACAAGCGGUUGGCAAAAUUAAAUGGCAGUCGAUGUCGGAAAUCAACCGAGCCGCUUCGAGAAUAUUUUAAUGACCCGUUGGAACGGGUUAGGACAGCACUGCGUCUAGCAGUCUCGCGCAUUAUAGCGAGUUCGCCGAGCUCAAGCUCUGCUUCUGAGUUUGAUCCCGAACUGGGUUCUGCACGUCCGGAUAACGUUUCUUCAGAUGUUUGGGUUUAUCCUCAGAUGCGGUAUCUUCACUACGACCAGGCGGAAAAAGCUGCUGCGGCGCACACGGAUCUCAGUCGAACCGUUGAUAUCGGCAUCAAUUUUCCAGAUGCAAGUGGUCUCACCGGGCGUCACGGUAAGAUCACCUCGACUCAUACCUUUAUUCUCUACCUGACGAGUCUUGAUGAAUCUCCAGUUUCUGAAACCGCGAUAAAGGAAAUGGCGGCGACUCCGGGAUCAACAAGGAUGCUCUCCAGCUUGGCUCCAACAGCAGACGUGUUGGCUGAAGUGGUGCCGCGUCGUGGGCGCUUGUUGCUCUUUCCGCACAAUUUUCCUCAUGAAGGCUUCCCCGUUGCCGAGCAGGAAAAGCUUUUGUUGCGUGGCGAGGCUGUGAUUCUACGUGGGAAGACCUGCUAGCAAGACUGAUCCUCUGAACCUCUAAUUACGAUGAGAGCGCUCCUUCCACACCCCUCUAAACAAGGAAUAUUGAUCCCACAUUUCAUAUUGAAUUUUUUUACAAAGUGUGUAUUUAUUACACAGACAUUCCUCCACCUUUUGGUUUUGACCACGCUGCUCUGGCUCUCCGUCUACCGAUGACUGUUCCCACCGAGUUUCAAUGCUGAUGACUUUCGAUUACUAGUUUCGAACUCGUUUAUCUAAAUUAUGGUUCCGACACACUGUGUUGUGUCAUUUGCCGAUUUUUUUCAUAUUUUAGUUUCGCAUGUUGGUUGUUAGUGAAGCCUGAAUCGAAAAUUUUUUUACUGUCUCGUUUUCGCAGAUUCUCAGCGACAUGAAAUUUGUGUAGCUGCUAAAGUACGCACUAAAGUUGAUAUUUUUUUUCUUCCGAGUUGUAGGAAGUUAGUUGUCACUUUCUUCAUGGCCAUCGACUCUGCAUUGAUUUGCAAAAUUUCACGGCGCAACUAUCGCAUCAGGUAUAAGGCAUAUACGCAAAUAAUUGAC